UACUUCACCUACACUUUAGUGAAAACUAAUCAAACACCUAUUCACUGCUCUGUUCACUUAGCUUGAAUUCGAAACCAAGAUGUUCCGUAACCAGUACGAUAAUGAUGUAACUGUCUGGAGCCCUCAGGGCCGAAUUCAUCAGAUUGAAUAUGCAAUGGAGGCUGUAAAGCAGGGGUCUGCAACAGUAGGCCUUAAAUCCAGAACCCAUGCUAUUUUGGUGGCACUGAAGAGGGCCCAGUCUGAACUGGCAGCACACCAGAAGAAAAUUCUACAUGUAGACAACCACAUAGGAAUCUCUAUUGCAGGCCUAACUGCAGAUGCUAGGCUGUUAUGUAACUUCAUGCGCCAGGAAUGUUUGGAUUCCAGAUUUGUAUUCGAUAGGCCUUUGCCAGUGUCACGUCUUGUGUCCUUGAUUGGAAGCAAAACUCAGAUUCCAACUCAGCGCUAUGGCAGACGACCGUAUGGGGUGGGACUGCUGAUUGCAGGCUAUGAUGAUAUGGGACCGCACAUAUUCCAGACAUGCCCCUCAGCUAACUAUUUUGAUUGUAAAGCAAUGUCCAUCGGAGCUCGUUCACAGUCUGCACGUACCUACCUGGAAAGACGUAUGGCAGAAUUUGCCGACUGCAAUUUGAAUGAACUUGUUAAGCAUGGUCUCCGUGCCUUAAGAGAGACACUUCCAGCAGAGCAAGAUCUUACCACUAAGAAUGUCUCAGUUGGUGUGGUAGGAAAAGACACUGAAUUUACUAGCUACGAUGAUGAUGAUGUUGCACCAUUCCUGGAAGGCCUUGAGGAGAGACCACAGAGAAAGACUGCCCCUCCUCCUGAAGAACCUGAAGAAAAGCCAGAAGAGCCAAUGGAGCACUGAUGAAUGAAGCACUUGAGCUGCAGCGGAGACUGACUUUAGUCAUGUUUAUUGCCCACUUUUCAGUUCUUUGAUAAGGACAGUUAUAACCGCACGUCCUUAGACUUGUUCUGGGAGAUGGAAGAAAAAAAAUUUUCCACAUUUCUUGCUGGCAGUUAAGGGGAAAUGGUGUACCAAACUGUUUAAGGUCAUCUUUCAAAGGAGUAGAACCCAAACAAUUAGUUUUAUUCUUGUGUUGUGAGAUCAGUAAGGAUUGCUACUUUUCUUUUUGUAAUGUUUUAUUUCUUUCAUAUAAAUACAUGAUUUCCUCA